AUGGUGGCUCCAUCCCUUGGUGCUGCAGAGGACUCUGCUUCAGAGCUAGGCAAGGGGCCUUUGCCUGCCUUCAUCAAGCAGAAGGUAAAUCUCCCCAGCCUAUGCAAGAGCCCCAGCUCCUGCUCCUUUCUUGCCUGCAAAGUUUUCAGUGCAGCAAGAGACAGGCAGUCUCCCGGUAACAUGAGCACGUGAUGGGAGUUGGAGGGGAGACCAAGAAUUUUAAAAUGGUGAUUCGGGGCUCAGAAAGGGAGGUCUUGGGAUGCCGGGUUUCUCUUUGUCUUCCCUGUCUCUUCCUCCCCAGGUGUGGUCCUUGGUGGCGCUAGCGAGAAGCUACUUGCAGAAGGGCUAUACCACGGUGACAGUCCGGGAUGGAGACUACUAUUGCACCUACUUUCUUUGGUUUGAGAAUGAGAUGGUAGGUGCAGGAGCUUUGGGGGAGAGGGUGGGUGGGCUUGGGAUGCAGAGAUCUCCUGCAACUUCCUAAGACGUCGAGGUGAUGCCCUGUCCUGAGCGCUUACUCUGGAUGUAAGAAUCCCAGCACCAAAUGAUCAUUCAGCUGCAGUCAGUCAUCCUAACUUGUUCAGAGCUGAUUUGAGGCUACAAAUGAUGCAUUCAGGAGGAAGGAUAGGGUAUUGACAUGGUGCAUAAACAGUGUCCUCUGCUAUGGUGUGGAUAGUAUGGGCUGAAGACAUUUGCCUCUACAUAGCCUAAGAAUGCCUGCAGUGGUCCCUAAGCUCCUGUCCUGUCCCUGAUCUCUCCUUUCUGCUGCCACGCCCCUGCAGGGUUACAGGCUGGAGGUUACGGAAGUGCCGGUGCUUUCAGAUGAUUCAGCCCCCAUUGGGACAUUGGCCGGCGACUAUUACAGGUGAGCAAGGAUUCCAAUGCCCCAGAUACUAUUGGAUACACGAAGGGCUUGGAGGGAGACUUCAGCCAGAAGAUCCAGGUUGGAGAAGGGCAAUCCUUUUACAGCUUGGUCCAUCACCCAGCCUCUUCCUCAUCCUGGCACCUGUAUACAAUUCUACAGAGUGCUGCCUACAAUCUCAUGGGAAUUUCUAUUGCAUAUAGUAUAGUAUAUAUUUAUGAACCGCCUUAUUUCUGAGCCUGUAAGUUGUUUUAAAUUAAAUUGUUUUUAAUGUUUUUACUUGCCCUGGGACGGGAUAGGGUGGGUGGUAAUAUUAUUUAUCCUCAUCAUCCCGUGUUUUGGGAUUUCCUAAGCUGAGGGUGGAAAACCUGUGACUCUUCGGAUGAUAUUGGCACUACAAAUCCCAUCAUCCUUUGACCAUUGGUACUGCUGGCUGAGGUUGGUGGGGAGUUGGAAGCUCCAUAUAAGCCAGGGAGGAGCAACACAAGCCUUCAGCUUGCCUUGGAUUACAUGGAUGGGCUUCAGCUGUUCCCCAUCCUGUCUCUAGUUUAGCUGUGCAUCCUCUGCUGGCUGGGCUGGGGAAGCUGUUUGGAAUCCUCCUUGUCCCAGCAGCCCUGCCUCUUCCCCAUUUCCUGACCACCGUCUCUCCCCUCCAGGAAGCUGCUCCGUUACUGCAGCAGGACCCAUGCGAACGAAGUGGUGAAGUGCUAUGAAAUCCUCACCAUCCACCUGGGUGUUGUGCCAACUGAGUUUGUGAUCCAGCAGGCGUGUGACUUGGCCCGGCGACUUUGGGAGCCAACCCGCAUCCCCUUGCUCUAA